GAAACUAAUUUUUUCCCUCUUCUCUCUCUCUUUGGCCGUGGAGAUUUUUCUGAGCAAGCUUCGUGAUGCUAUCGAACCAGAGGAAGACGAAUUAGCUUCUCGAUCACGAUUCUUUUAGGUUUUGAUCGGAAAUUUCGGUUCUUCUUCUUCGUUUUCUACUUCAAUCGUUCUCGCUUUUGAUUUCUUCAAGUUCUGAUGAUGAUUAUCGAUCUUAUCGGAAAGCUUUAGCGGCAGAGAGAAAGAGUGAAUAAGUCGAGACUUCUCUGUCUGGUGAUACAAGGAUCCACAAAGGAAUCUCAGAUUCUCCUACUGUAGCAAUAUGAUGGACAAAGACGAGCCGUUUGUCUACAACGAGGUGGAUUACAAGACCCCAAAGCAGAGUCCCCAGACGUGGCCGAUGGAUAAGAUCCGGCAGAGCCGUUUUCAACAUAAAAUGUCAUCACUUUUGAGUCCGGUGACUCCUAAAAGGAAUUACAACAUUAGCAAUGCGAAGACACUCCUGCUGCAGUGUUUACGGGACGCUAAAUCAGAUCCACUCCCUCCUAGGCGCUUUCCGGUUUCAUGCUCAGAUGAAGGAAUCUUGAUGGAUGGUGUUCUGGUCACAUCAGCCACUAAAAAGAAGGUGUAUGAGUCUCCUUCAAGCUAUCCAGGACGAUCAGCACGUUCUUCAAUCUUCCGGAGUCAGCUCAAGAAGACUACAGAGUGUAGCAGCCCUAUAAGCGAUUCAGGACCUAACCAGGAAACCACUCGCUCUCAGCAAUCUUCUUCAGCUGGCAAGGAAAAUAUGCUGGCAAAUAGUCCUUGUACACCAAAGGCUGCUAAACCUUUCAAACUGCAAGCUUCUGCUGAACCAUUCAUCCUCACACCAAGACAAGCUGCUUCUCCUUAUACACCACAGCAACUCCCAUAUGAUCAUUAUAGUCCACAGUUUCCAUGCGCUAAUCCCCUGCACCUGCAGCUAUACCCGUACCUGCACCGGCCUCGGUCUCUGAUCUACGUUUAUCAGAGACCACCACUUUUUCCGCUCUUACCCCAUGGGCCUGACCCCUAUACGCUAGAUAGUCAAAAGGACUUUCCUCCAAUUCUCUCUGGCAACCAAACACCAACCACCAGUUCACACUCAGUACCCACAACACCUUCCUCUAGCCAGCUCAACACAACUACCAGCGACUCACCAGUCCACACUCCCAUAUCUACUACUCUUACAGUCGAUCUCAACACCAGUACUACCACCUCCACCCAUAGCUCCUCACCUUCUGUUGAUAGACUCGAUACAGUGGCCCAAAUACCAGACUUGUCGUCGUCACCUUCUGAUGGACUCGAAACAAUGACGCAGAAACCAGACUUGGCUUCACCUUCUGCUGGACGUGAAACAGAGACGCAAAAACCAGGCUUGGCUUUACCUUCUGCUGGACUUCGAACCAUGACGAGAAACAAAGACUGGUCACCUUCUGAUGAUGGACUCCCAACAUUCACACAAGAUCAACUUGUUUUCAUGAAAUCACAUAACAGGCUCUUCCCAGAUUAUGUUUUCGGGCGUUACAAAUACAAGAAGAGGAUGUCAGCUUUCAGACAUCAGGAGGAGCACCAGUAAAACGAAAAGGUAACAUUUCUGUUCAUAAAAAAGCUUCUAAUCACCACUAUAUGUCUUCCCAUCCGUCAAACUUUUGUCAGCUUUUCAUAGGAUUGUUAAAAAAAAAUCAUGAUUACAUAUAUACAUAGAAAGCUAAUAAAUAGACAACAAACC